AUGCCGAUUUGCAAUAGUACCGCCGUCAACUUUAGCCCCGAGCGGGACAUCCCCAGCCUCGGGGGUAAAGUUAUUUUGAUCACCGGCGCAAAUUCGGGUCUUGGGAAACAGUGCGUCUUAGAAUUUUCUCAACACAAGCCAGCACAGAUACUCCUCGCCGCGCGAAGCCUCGACAGGGCCCAAGCUGCCGCAGACGAGAUCAAGCAGCAAAUCCCCGGCGCACCCAUCAAACUGCUUGAACUUGACCUCGGAUCUUUCGAUUCUAUCAAAAGAGCCGCGACUGCUGUGCUCUCGGAAACAGAACGCCUCGAUAUCUUGAUGCUGGACGCUGGCAUCAUGGCAACACCACCCGGGCUGACCACCGAGGGCUAUGAAGUUCAGUUUGGAACCAACCACAUGGGACAUGCGCUUCUCACGAAAAUUCUUCUUCCACUGCUGCAGAAGACCGCAGAGCGAGAUUCCAAUCCUGAUGUUCGAGUCAUCUCAUUGUCUUCUCAUGGUCAUGCCUAUGCCUCCAAGGGUGGGAUUCGGUACAACACUCUCAAGACGGACGCAGAGGCGCUAGGUCCCUACGGGCGCUACUCUCAAAGCAAGUUGGCAAAUGUUCUGUGGGCGAGACAACUGGCAAAAGACUACCCGGAACUCAAGGUCGCAGCUGUUCAUCCUGGCGUCGUCAGCACCAACUUGGCGGUUGGCACGACUGGAUCACCGAAAGCUAUGCAGUACUUGAUGCAAUUUGCGAAUCGGUGGCUCGUCAACUCCGUGGAAAAGGGCGCAAGGAACCAACUCUGGGCGUCUGUCUCACGAGAAGUCGAGAGCGGAGAGUACUACGAGCCUGUUGGAGUCUCGGGGGUUACGAGCGAGGACGGACAGGAUGAUGAACAGGCUAUGAAGCUUUGGGAGUGGACUCAAACAGAGCUUCAGGCGCAUGGCGCUUGA